AUGAGCGAGGCCGGGCGAAGUACUGGCGAUCACACCCAGCCCGCUGCGCUCCUGGACGACAAAAGCACAGUGUCCCGUUCUCCCCAGAAGCGGCGGCGAUUUUCAUCUACCCAACAAGACUCAAACGCCAGCCCUCUUACAACUUCUGCGAUGGACCCAGGUUCGAAAUCGACCCCGGCGAAUUCGGAUCAGACCCUUCCUUCCAAACCCGCCGAACAACCGCCGCCGAUCCCUACGCCUCCUCUCCCGGCAUCGUCGCUCCCUAAAGCACCACAAUUGAACACGGCCAAAUCCUCCAAGCCUCGCGCCCAACCUCACUCCUACUUCUUUCUCAGAACGGUUGUACAUCCUACGCAAGAUGACGAUUUCGACUACUAUUUUUGGCAGGAGCUGGACUCAACCAUUGAACAUUUCGUAUCUACGUACUACACGGACACUGCGUGGGAGAGCCUUGAUGAAUCCACCAAAAAGGAAUUUCUCAGCUGGGCUCCGGAUGCCCCCAUGUUAUGUUUAAUGCAGAACGGCUCCCUUUACCUCUUCAAAUCGUGGAUCUGGCGGAUUUUAGUCAAGUCAGUCUUGAUGGGGAAGUGCCCAGACUUGAUCGAUUGGACAUCACCUUACUUCAAGGCUCAAAACGACAUGCACAAUGCCUUGCUCGAGUGCAACCCAGAAGCAUUAACCCAACGGGUGCUUAUGACCAACUGGAACGUUUGGAAGUUUCUCUCCUUCAAGAUGUGUCGGGACGCGAUGGUCAACAAACCCAAUCCGCGUGUCAUAGAUUACCGCAUUGAACCUGCUUCCAUCUCUAAGAUCAUCGCCAGAGGGCUUGGCUCAAACUUCCCUAACGAGUUGAGCGAUAGGGCUCAAUUUUUCCUAGAUCUGAUCAGUCAGAGAGUUGCUAAGAUGGAGAAGAUCUUCAACAACGCCCUGUCCGACGUGCGGAUUGUUUUCCACCACCCCGACAACAUGAAAACAUCAGGCUUCGCAUUCGAGCCAGAAAUUGACGGGUUGAUUGGCCAGACCAUGACAAAUGUGGAUUGUUGGGGUGCGCAAGAGGAACAGUACAUGCGAGAGAAUCUCGAGCGCCAGUAUGAGUCUGGUUCCCCGGGCCGCCCCGUGGACUUCAUUGUGUCGCCCAUGGUAAUAUGCCGCCCUAUCUCCCAUGUUUACAGGUCCAAAUUUGUCCAGUUUCCCAUGACAGUUUGCGUCGAUUGGGUGGCGGAAUGGAAGCGGGAGAUGAAGGAGCGGAAGGAAGAAGAGAAGCAGGAGGAGGAGGAAGAGAAGCGGAAGGAUGAUGAGAAGCAGGAGGAGGAAGAGGAGAUGAAGGCAAAGGGUAAGGGUAAGGCGCGAGAGAAAGAGGAAUAG